UGAAGAUGGUGAGACAGUUAUUAUUGAAAAAGACCAUUUCAUGGAUGACUUCUUCCAACAGGUUGAGGAACUUAGAAAUAACAUAGCAAAAAUAGCACAAAAUGUGGAAGAAGUGAAGAAGCAGCACAGCAUUAUCCUGUCAGCACCAAAUCCUGAAGGAAGAACAAAGGAAGAACUUGAAGAAUUAAAUGAGGAAAUAAAGAGGAUUGCUAAUAAAGUCCGAGCCAGGUUAAAGGCUAUUGAACAAAGUUUUGAUCAGGGUGAAAAUACUAAUCGGACAUCAGUGGACCUCAGGAUAAGAAAAACACAGCACUCUGUAUUAGCUCACAAGUUUGUGGAGGUCAUGACGGAAUACAACGAGACCCAAACUCUCUUUCGAGAACGCAGCAAAGGUCGGAUACAGAGACAGUUAGAGAUAACUGGAAAGACCACCACUGAUGAGGAACUGGAAGAAAUGUUAGAGAGUGGUAAUCCUUCAAUUUUCACUUCUGAUAUUAUAUCAGACUCUCAAAUAACUAGGCAAGCUCUGAAUGAAAUUGAGUCACGUCACAAGGAUAUUAUGAAACUGGAAUCUAGCAUCCGGGAACUACAUGAAAUGUUUAUGGACAUGGCAAUGUUUGUGGAGACUCAGGGUGAAAUGAUCAACAACAUAGAAAAGAACGUGAUGAAUGCAUCAGAUUACGUUGAACAUGCAAAAGAAGAGACAAAAAAGGCAGUUAAAUAUCAAAGUAAAGCACGAAGGCAACAACACUGUCAUAGCAAGCACAUUCCAAGAGUUUAUGAACCUUCAGAAACUCCAAAAUUCAUCUUCAGGAAAACCAAACAUUUUUUAAUAUAUGAUGCCUUACGCUGUUCCACGAAGAUGACCUAUUACUAAUGGUUUAAAAACAAAAAUCACUUUUACUGUUUACUCAUACAUGAAUAUCAGAAUGUAUUAGGAUACGUAUGGAUUUUCAUCAUAAACUAUACAUUUGUAAGACUGAAACUUAAUUGUUUUGAACUAAAGUAACUUAGGAUUUGUUUUCAUAUCUCAGGGUUACAGACAGUUUAAAUAGGGAAUGGAAAGACUUCAGUUUUGACAGUUUGGCUUUUUUCCUAUUGCUAACGUAAUUCUAAUAAUGAAUUUUAGUACCCUACUAGUGCUGUUCUUGUUAGCACUCUUGUGAAUGUUUUUAUGAGAUGUAGCCUUGUCUUUAAGUGUAUUAAUUAUUUAGUAACCAUAAACUAUCUAAACUUUAUACUUAACAAAAUUUGCAUCAACAAGUGCUAAAAUAUUUUAUCCUGAAAGGCUACUUAUUUAACUGUCUGCCUGCCACUUCAGAAGAAAAAGCUAAAUUUUUGCACUUUCCAGGUUGUGGUGUUACUUUCUCUUCCAACAUGACUAAGGUCAAUUACUUUAAAUAUUUCCUUGCCUUUACAGUAAAAAUGGAAUUGUAACAUUUCUGGUAAAAGAAUGCAGUAAUGAAGUGUACCAGAUUUGAACCUGAGCAGAUAAUUUUACAGAUAAUCUUUGUGGAACGUGGAUCAGUUUAGCCUUAGUGCUCAUAUGACAAAAAUAACUUUAAAAGUCAAGAUUUCUUACUCAGAAGCUUGCUAAUGUUGAUAUGUGAAUACAGCACAUAGCGAUAAACUCCCUUAGAACAGUCUGAGAUGUAAUACAAAAUAAGACACUGAUUUGUUAUGUUAUAUAACAUAUAUGAAGUGUUUUAGUAUCUAUACCCUUGUUGCAAUGCUAGCUUGCAAGACUUGAAAGCUUGAAAGACUUCAACUGUAACCAAAUAACUGCAUUUUAUGUUACAGGUUAUUUUUGUAUUUUUGUGUGUAAAAUAUUUGUAACUUAAAUUUUUGACUCCUCAUUGUUUAAGGAUACCCAUGUAGAUAUGUAGAUACAGUUACACUGUAAAAGCAUUAGAGGAAAGUAUGUGUGCCUUUUUAAAACAGUCUAAAGCUGUUGUUGUCAAUGUUAGCUUCAAUAACGUGAUCCUGAAAGCCUAAAAGCUUAAAAUCCUUAAGCCUAUAUUUUGUUGACAGUGUCUGAGAUCACAGUUACUCAGUAAACCAUAAUUCAGUCUGUUGACUUAAUGAAAUUGAGCAAAGUUUACAAUUUAUAUUGUAUAUAUUAAUAUUCUUGCUUUGCUGUCCAAAUACACUGUGAAUG